GAUACACUUUGACGGACAGAUACGAUGACAAGACUCCCACGUGUGUUUUGGUCAGAGCUGGGCAGAUUUCACGGCAACUUAAACCUUAAAGGAGACAUGUGAUGUAAUGACAUGUGUUGUAAUGCGAGUUCAUUGGAUGUCUCCAGACGAGUCCAGCGAGUAAAGACUGUGAGGAGGCGCGUCUUACAGACAGCAGGCCGGCUGGCGUUAGGUUAGCUCUGCUAACUGUCCUUAUCUGCAGGCCAGCCUGUCCCAGGUCCUCCAGACCGAACAGUGAGGGCUCGUGGAGUUUCUCCUCUGUGUGCUAACUCUAUGCUGAGACCGGUGUCCGCAUUGUUUGGAAGUCUAUCGAAGAGCAAGCGCCACUGCUCUCUGCCCAGCGCGACUGGCGUUAGCGGCAUGGCUAAAAGCAAGUAUGAGUACGUGCGGGAUUUCGAGACGGAUGACACGUGUUUGCGAAACUGCUAUAUUGUCGUGCGGCUGGAUGGGCGAAAUUUCCACAAGUUUGCUGAGCUGCACAACCUUUCCAAGCCCAAUGAUGAUAGGGCUUUAGGUUUGAUGUCGCGCAGUGCCCGCUCUGUCAUGGAGGAACUGGAGGACAUUGCUAUAGCAUAUGGCCAGAGUGAUGAGUUCAGCUUCGUCUUCAAAAGAUCCACCAACUGGUUCAGAAGAAGAGCAAGCAAGUUAAUGACCCAUGUGGCAUCUCAGUUCUCCUCCAGCUACGUGUUUUAUUGGAAGGAGUAUUUUGGAGAACAGCCGCUGCUUUACCCUCCUGGAUUUGAUGGCAGGGUGGUCUUAUAUCCUAGUAACCGCAACCUCAGAGACUAUUUAAGCUGGAGACAAGCAGACUGUCACAUCAACAACCUGUACAACACAGCUUUUUGGACGCUGGUGCAGAAGGGUGGACUCUCUAAAACACAGGCAGAGGAGAGGCUAAAUGGCACUUUGUCUGCAGACAAGAAUGAGAUUUUGUUUUCUGAUUUUAAUAUCAAUUACAACAAUGAAUCUCCACUACACAGAAAAGGCACUACUUUAAUCUGGGAAAAGGUUGAUGAAACGUCAACAAAAAAGAUCACGGUGCCCAAGGAGGGCGAGAAAGAGAUCACUUUUACACGGAGCAGACGAAAAGUUACAGCUCAUUAUUCCGACAUAAUUGGAGAUUGUUUCUGGAACGAGCAUCCAGACAUUCUAGAAGAGGACAGUUAAAGGAAAGACUGUAGCUGGACCACACACCCCAUUUUUGGUGGACCAUUUAGAUUUUCAGCAAAGAAGUUUGGACCUUUUUUUGUAAAUAAAGGCUUUUACAUACAUA